AGAGGAGAAGAGAGGAGAAGAGAGAGAAGAGAGAGAAGCUUUACUCACGGACUGGCUGACAUUCACAUAGCCAUCACAAAUCUUCUAGGACACGUACAGAGCAAGGCUCCACAUGUGACUGAGUGGGACCUGCAGAUACCCAAUACUGUGCCUUGGGACCUGAACACACACAUUGGGAGUUGUGCCGUGGUAGCCAGACACCUAUUAAAGCAGAGAGGCAAACCCCAAGGAAGGGAAGGGGGCGUCCAACAACAAUCUGAGUGUUGACUCGAGCUCCUCCUCCCGUCCGUCUCUCAUCCUCCUCUUGUCCAUCUCUCCUCUCAUCCUUCAUAUUCUGCUCUGGAGUGCACUGUGAGUUCCUGGGGGACGGCAUAGUGGUGUCUGAGUGUGAAUGAUGGCAGCGAUGGCCUGGCAUCUCUGCCUGGCCGUGUCUCUCCUCUGUGUUACCCCCUGGCCCCAAGGACACUCAGCUCUGGCUCCUGAGAACGAGGUGCCACUCCGCCCCACCGCCUGGCUGCCUGAUGGAAAGGUCACCACCAUGCAUCUGCCCAAAGGACGCACCCGGAGGCUGUACUUCACACUGAAGAAGAAGGUUGCGAUGAUGUCUGUGACCGUCAGUCCCUGUGACCUCCCCAUCGAGUGGACCCUUGAAGCCCGAACCCUGAAGGACAAACCGCCUAAGAGUCUGCACUGGAGUACCAAGAAGAGUAUGCCAGAGGUGUGGUGGAGAGGACCUGGAACUGAAGCCAAGAUACACACCUACACUGGCAACGCCAUGAACACCUACACAGGCCCUUCGUACGCCCCAGCAUCUAUCUACAUCCUCAGGCUGCGGUCCAAGGACCAGGACACCAGGGCUACUGUGUACCUCCAUGAGGGCUCUGGGACCUCCUGGGCCUUCCCACAGCUUCCCUCUGACUCCCGUGUCCACACCCUGGGUGUAGGAAUGACCAGUGUCACCCUCAGCUGGGCCCCCAGUGCCCCCCUCAAAAGGAUGCACACCCAACGCAGCUAUGACUACUGUGUCCUCGUCAAUCGCAAACACAACUACCGCAACCUUUGUGCCGCCCAGGAGGGCAUCAGGAAGGAGCGGGAGAAAGACAAGAAAAAGGAGAAGGACAAACAGAGGAAAGUAACUGUGUGGCCGAUUCUCAAAGACUGGUGGUGGCAGCAGUGGGAUGCUGACACUGAGCUCCAGUCACCCGCUGCGCUCCGUGACGACUAUGGUCAUCUUCAAUGUGUUUGUAAGGGAACAGAGAGCGUGUGCACAGUCUCUGAGCUCGUCCCUGACACGCAAUACUACUUUGACGUUUUUUUGAUCGACAGGCUAAAUGGAACCAGUGCCGCAUAUACUGGAACAUUUGCGCAAACACACGAGGAGGCCCGACCAGCUAUCACACCACUUAGGGAAGGGGAGGUCCGGUGGGUGACCUUCCGGGAUGGAGGCUCAACCUCUGGGGAGUUAUUUAGCUUCCGACCCCGGGGCUGGCAACAGAGUGGCCUACUCACUCUACAGAGCUGCGAAAGCAGUGAGAAGAUCAACAUCACUGUUUCCAGCAAGGGCAAAGAGCUCAGCUCCCAGGCUGUGGGAGAAAACCUGGCUCAGAUCUGGCUCCAGGGCAGCCCUUCCUACCUCAUCCACUUGGAGAAAGAGGGAACGGCGGCUCCCAGACAAGCUGCUCCAGGAGUGCUGAAGGCCUCUGUUAAGAUGCAGGCGUCCUCCACUUACCAUCGUCAAGGGAUACCUUCUCUCCCCUCCACUCUGCAGAUAAAGUCUUUCAACAGGCUCAGGAGCUGUGAAUCUGUCACCCUGGCCUGGAUGGGCACAGAGGAGAGGAGCCUUUACUGCGUGUACCGCCAGAGGCUGGGUAAGGGGGGAGGUAAGAAGGGAGGCACGGCACCCUGCCUGGGGCCUGAGUCACGGUCGGACACUGAGAGGGUCCUGUGUAAAUACUUCCAGGAGCUCAACCCUCGACGGGCUGUCACGACAGCCGUGAUCGGAGGCCUGGAGCCUGGGGUGGCCUACAUAUUUGAUGUCUAUCUAAUGAGACGCUGGGGGAUCCCCAUAAAGUACAGCAGCAAGACAGUAAGAACCAGGAAGGAGUGCUGAGCUGCUGCCCACUCGUAGUCUCAGUCUGCAGCAGCAUUGGACUUAACAAAGAGGUGAUUUACAAAGACACCAUGAAAAAGUCAUUCUACUACGAGGGAGACUGUUAAAUGUGGUACACCCUGUGAAGAGUGGUCACAUUUGAACACUGGUACUCAUGGAUUGGGUAGGAGUAGCAGAGGGGAGACUGCACACCAGCAAAAUUCAUUCCAUUUCAGUAACCUGUGCUUUUUGUCUUUUUGUUUAUAGUUGUUGAUGAUGUGCCAGUUGUCCAGGUACUAAUUGUGUGACUGAGUACAAAGGAGGAUAUGUUUUUGAUUAAUACAAAUUUUCAGUGAAGACUGGGCCAAAAAAUAUGCAACAGAAGCAGAUAGAGAUUUGAUUAGACUUUGCAAUGGGGAGAGAGAACCUCUGGCAAGAACCUACAGUAUAUAUUUAGUGCUGCAUUGUUUUGUUUCAAUAUUCAACAGGCUUAAAACACAGAUAGGGUAAUCUAUUGAUGCUUAGCGCAAAGUUAAUGUGUAUCUUGUGUUCUGCUUUCGCAUGAAGUAGAUAAAAUUUGUUAGCGACUAGCUUCAUUGUCGUUGAUGUAUUAUUGUGCUAUACUUCAAAUACACCAAUAAACACACAUUAGGUAUCUGUA